AUGGUCUACGAGUGCACGGUAGCGGGCGGGUUGCGAGCACGCGUUGGGGAGAACGCGCUCGAGAACCAGGCUCUCUGUCGAAGUGCUCGGCAGAACGACUGGUGGUUUCACCUCGAGUCGCUGCCGUCCCCGCACUGCGUCCUGGAGAACCCAAACGGGGCCUGGAGAGAGCCCCCUCGCGAAGCAGUUUUGGCUUGUGCUCAGCUCGUGAAAGAGCGUUCAAAAUGGCGUCAGGUGCAUCGCGUCACGGUUAUCUAUCUACCGGCCAAAUAUGUCAGCAGGAGACAUCUUCAAUCGGACGAAAAACCUGGCAGUGUCGUGUUGCUGAAAGAGCCCCGUCGAGUCGUCAUUUAG